AAUACUUGAAUUUUUUUCAAAAUGCCAAACUGGCCUGAAAACGCCCACACUUUUUAUGGCGCAUGCGGCUUAUUGGCACCCUCGUAUAUACAACAUAUGCAUUACUGUUGUUUUUUGGUAAUGUCACCCUCAGUUAUUGUCAUGCACUGGCCAUCCUGUCAUCUGCAGCAAACAAUAGCCUCAGAUGCACAGAAUUUCGUACAAGAAAACUCCUGCACUUGGGACACAAGAGGAAAAAAUGGCUUACCGUGAUAGAAAUCCUUUCGAAGAUGAAGACAACUUUGAAGACAUCAGCGACACGCCUGAGUUGGCAAGAAUAAAACAAGAAAAAGAACUGUAUCAACAAAGAAUGAUUGACAGUUCUUAUCGGUCCCUACGAAUGAUCAACGAAUCGCAAGGCAUUGCUAGCGAGACUGCAGAAGAGUUACGAAAGCAGCGAGAGCAGCUUGAACGCACAGACAAAAAUCUAGAUAAGAUUUCCGGAGAUUUAAAACAAACAGACCGAAACAUUACUUCGUUGAAAAGCAUAUGGGGAACGAUGAGUAACUGGUUCAAGAAACCGGUACAAACAGAUGACCCUCACACGGAAGAUUCAAGAGCGAAUGCGUUAAAAAUAAACCAGGAUAUUCGAAGGGAUAACAACGAAAUCAAGAACAACCUACGCACGAUAAAUCAACGAGCCGACCUUUCAUGGGAAGGAGAUUCGGACGCCAAUGUGAGGCAAUCAUCUACAGACGCUAUUGUUGAUAAAAACUUAGAUAACAUGAUGGCCGGGCUGGAGAUACUGAAGAAUCAAGGUAUGGCGUUGGGAGCAGAAAUUGACGAUCACAAUGUAUUGUUGGAUCGCAUUCAAAGGAAAACUGAAACUGCCGAUGCAAAUAUUGAAAACCAAAAUCUAAGAAUACGUAAAAUUUUGAAAUAAAAAUGCUUUUUGAUGCAUCUUAAUAGAACAAAUCUACAAAUUAGAAAUUACAUAAUACAUGUUACUGUCUACUUUCCGAUUCAAUUUUUUUUAAAAAAAUUUCUCUCUAUUUUCAUACACAUUUA